AUGAUUGCAGUUAAGUUGGCUGUUGUGUCUAAUUUCGAUACCAGGCUCAAAAAGCUAUUAAGGGAUCUUAAUGUCAUAGAUAUGUUCGACGCUGUGAUUGUGUCUUCAGAAGUCGGAUACGAGAAGCCUGAUGAUCGAAUCUUCAAAUGUGCUUUAGAGCAAAUCAGCGUAGAAGCAAACAGAGCAGUGCAUGUCGGAGAUGAUGAAAAGGCAGAUAAAGGCGGAGCAAACGCCAUCGGUAUUGCUUGUUGGUUAUGGGGCAAAGAUGUGCAGACAUUUUCAGACAUACAAGAUCGGAUUUUGGUUCCAGAAUACUAA